AAUAAUGACCACAAAAACAAAGAAGACACCAAAACUCAAACAAGUCUCCAACCUACUCUACUCUGAUGUCCACCUUUCAUUUUCCACACUCCAAUUCACUAAACUAAUCACACACUCCUACUGCCGGAAUAAAUGCCGGCCGUCGCGACGGCAUCGCUGCCGGUGCUCUGCGUAACCGGUGCUGAUUGGAAAACUAACAAGAAAAACAGCAACACUAAUAGUGAAAAUGCUGACAAUAACUAUCGUCAGCGUGAUCAAAUUCGCGUAGCGAAAACUAAUUCAAGCCAUUUCGGACAAGUAGUGAGUAAAGAUGCGGAGUUCCUCAAGUCGAAAAUAAUCAAAGGUUUAGAUUGGGCGAACGGAGCUUUUCGUGUUCCGCCGCAAGUGACUAGAGGUUUAGAAUGGGCGAAUGAGGCAUUUCAUGUUCCGAAGAUAUCGAAAACAAUUGAUGAUUUUAUUUGGAUGAAGCCUCUUGAAGAUCCUCAUGCUCCUCCCUUUCAAUUUCCUUCCUGGCCUCUUCCUCACUAUCCAGGACUCACUGGAAUUGAUCUACUGGUUGCUGAUCUAAAAGCCUUGGAGGCAUAUCUUAACUAUUUUUACUAUCUCACUAAGAUGUGGACGAAGCCACUUCCUGAUGUCUAUGAUCCGCAAGAAGUUGCAGAUUAUUUUAAUUGCAGGCCUCAUUUAGUAGCCCUCCGGCUUCUCGAGGUGGUUUCCUCUUUCACUGCUGCUGCAAUCAAAAUUCGAAUCUCGUCCGUCAUAAAUACAUAUACCUCAAGUGGGUAUACAGAUGAUGACCGGAGCAUUUCCCAGUACAAAUAUGGUUUGGUGCUAAAAGAAACAAUGCUGAAUCUGGGACCAACUUUUAUUAAAGUUGGUCAAUCUCUUUCUACGAGACCAGAUAUAAUUGGUUCUGAAAUUACAAAGGCAUUGUCAGGGUUGCAUGAUCAAAAUCCUCCUUUUCCCAGAACUCUGGCUAUGAAAAUAAUUGAAGAAGAGUUAGGUUCUCCUGCAGAGAACUUCUUCAGCUACAUUUCUCCAGAACCUGUAGCUGCAGCUUCGUUUGGUCAGGUGUACAAGGGACGAACAAUUGAUGGUUCGAGUGUUGCUGUGAAAGUUCAACGUCCAAAUCUGCGGCAUGUAGUGAUUCGUGAUAUCUACAUCCUUCGCGUUGGGCUGCGGAUUUUGCAAAGGGUAGCCAAAAGGAAAAGUGAACUUAGCCUAUAUGCUGAUGAGCUUGGGAAAGGAUUGGUUGGGGAGUUGGAUUACACACUAGAGGCUGCAAAUGCAUCAGAAUUUAUGGAUGCUCAUUCUUCCUUUCCAUUUAUGAGUGUUCCAAAAGUUCUUCGACACUUGACCCAAAAGAGGGUUCUGACCAUGGAGUGGAUGGUUGGUGAGAGUCCAAGUGAUCUAAUCUAUUUGUCAAGCAAAACUCCAGCUCCUAAGGAAGCAAAUUAUUUAGUCAAGGAGCAAAGUGAUGCUAGACAACGUCUUCUCGAUCUGGUUAAUAAAGGAGUGCAGGCGACACUGGUUCAGCUACUUGAAACUGGCUUGCUGCAUGCCGAUCCUCAUCCUGGAAACCUGCGUUAUACAUCAUCAGGACAAAUAGGGUUUCUGGACUUUGGUUUACUCUGUCGUAUGGAAAAGAAGCAUCAGCAUGCAAUGCUUGCAUCCAUAGUGCAUAUAGUGAACGGUGAUUGGGCCUCUCUUGUUCUUGCUCUCUCCGACAUGGAUGUUGUGAGACCAGGAACUAACAUGCGCCGUGUUACAAUGGAUCUGGAGGACUCAUUGGGAGAGGUAGAAUUCAAAGAUGGAAUUCCUGAUGUAAAGUUUAGCCGGGUGCUGAGUAAGAUUUGGGCUGUAGCCUUUAAGUAUCACUUCCGGAUGCCACCAUACUACACACUUCUGCUACGCUCGCUUGCUUCAUUUGAAGGACUAGCUGUAGCUGGAGAUCCAAAAUUUAAGACUUUUGAAGCUGCAUACCCACAUGUUGUUCGCAAACUUCUCACGGAUAACUCAUUGGACAUGAGAAGGAUUCUUCACUCGGUUGUGUUUAACAAAAAGAAAGAAUUCCAAUGGAAGAAGCUUGCUCUUUUUCUAAGAAUAGGUGCAACGACUAAAGGGAUUAAAUCAGUAGACGAAAAUUAUAUUGGCCGCUCUCCAACUUUACCGACCAGUAUAUUUGGCGUCACAAACUUGGUGUUGAGACUUCUGCAAUCUGAGGAUGGCGCUGUUCUAAGACGACUUCUAAUGACAGUAGAUGGAGCCUCACUAAUUGCAGCCAUGGUAUCAAAGGAGGCGAUUAUCUAUCGCCAAAGUCUUAGCAAGAUAAUUUCUAACGUACUGUAUGAGUCUAUAUAUGAUGCUGUUGAAGGACGUCGUGCGGCACACCAAUAUGGAUCUAAAGCAACACUAGCUAGUGGGGCUGAGAAAUUUUCCAGAUUAUCCACGCCCAACUCCAGUUACAAAUCCAUCAUGAGAGAUCGCAGGCUGAAAGUUAUUUUCUUCAAGAUUCUAGAAUCUGCAAGGAAAGACCGCAUACUAAUGCUGAAGUUCUGUUGGGCAUCGUUUAUAAUGCUUCUUUCAGCAUCAGCUUUAGCUUGUCACCGAAUGGUUGUAUCCUUGUGUGAAUCUUACAUAGGUCCUAUCUCACUUCCUCGAAGGCAACUUGCAUACAGCUGAUAAUUUAGCCAGUAGACAUUGGAAUUUUGUUACAUAAGCAUUGCAGCAUGGAAAUUUAUCGGCCGAAGGAGACAAGAGCAUACCUCUUCUGAUGACUGUUUCAGUCCUAAUGUUGACAGGUUUGGUUGCAAUGUCGAUGAAAGCCUUAAUGUUGACAGGUUUGGUUGCAUCGACGACAAAAGAGCCAUCAUGAAGUUAAACAUAUUCUGCAUCUCAGUGCAUCUGCAAAGCAGUUGGAAAUUUCUGUAAUAUUGUGAAUACUGUAUAGUUAUGUACAAAAUAUGAAGGUCCUUAAUAGUAUAUCAGGAUAUAUGUUUUUAAUCAGACAGUUUCAAUCUGUAUAAGCUAACGUGUUCCUAUAAGCCGGUCUGGGCUUGCUUAAAGUAGCAUGUUUUGGGAAUUAUGUUUUUCUUUUUAAAAGCUAAUAGAGUAUCUUUUUCCUCCUA